CGCCGCUCUCCUCGCCCCGCCCCUCCGCGGCCCGGCCCCCGCGCCCGCCAAUGGGCGGCAGGGGGCGGGGCUUGACCCGCCGCCGCGGCGCUGAGCGGCUCGAUGGGGCGCAGCGCGAAGCUCGGGACAGGGCUCACCUGCUGACCCUGCCCUCGGGAGGAGCAUGGGGAAGGGCUACAAGGUGGUGGUUUGUGGAAUGGCCUCGGUGGGAAAGACUGCGAUUUUGGAACAACUUCUCUAUGGAAAGCAUACUGUUGGCUUAGAAGAGGGUGCCACGAUGGAAGAUGUGUAUUUGGCGUCAGUGGAGACAGACCGAGGUGUGAAGGAACAAUUACGGCUUUAUGACACCAGGGGUCUGCAGGAGGGCGUGGAAUUGCCAAAGCACUAUUUCUCUGUUGCUGAUGGCUUCAUUCUCGUCUAUGCCGUGACCAGCCUCGAAGCUUUCCAAAGAGUCGAACUGCUCAAAAAGGAGAUUGAUGUCUUUAGAGACAAAAAGGAGGUAACAGUUAUUGUCUUGGGAAACAAAACUGACCUCCUGGAGCAAAGGCAAGUGGAAACAGAAGCAGCACAGCAAUGGGCAAGGGCUGAGAAAGUGAGACUGUGGGAAGUGACUGUGACAGAUCGGAAAACGCUGCUUGAGCCCUUCACCUUCCUAGCUAGCAAACUCUCCCAGUCUCAGAACAAAUCAACAUUUCCCUUGCCUGGUAGGAAGAGCAAAGGGAAUAACUCUGAUAACUAAGCUACCUUAGUGUUGUCUGCUGCUGCCAGCUCACAGCCCAAGUCCCUUCUCUGCCAUUUGCUUCUCGUGAUUUCACCUAAAGCAAUAAUCUCAUUCAGCAAUAAAAUCAGCAAGCUUAUGGCUGACAGGUAUCUUUCCUUGGCUUGAAAACAUCACUGGUGGCAAAAGCCUUAAAAAACUCUUCAUGAGAGGAGCUGUCUUGCAACAAGCGUUAUGGAGGAGGGAGGGAGGGAGAGACAGGUGAAGGCCUCUGUAGCAGGGGCUUUGGCUAUGCCUGGACACAGCUGUGUUGAGGAAAAAAUCAACAAGCUUUUCAUUAAGCCAUCCCCCUGCAGAUCUAUAGCCUCUAGUUACAAAUAGUACUAGCUGCAAUAAAACAUUUAAUUGGGAGAGAGGGUAUGUUUGAAAUGGCAACAGUCCUUUUACCUUGACCUUAAACAGGGCCACAGGGAUUUUUUGGUGCUGUAGGAGGCUGAGGUCAGUGUCUUGUUGCAGAAGGGGUUGGGGUAGGAGAACCAACUACCAGCAGAUUUAGCCACUAAAGUCCUGCUAGUGUCUGGAAGAAAAAAAAAAAAAGGUCUUGUAGGAGAUACUAGAACAGAUCUACCCGGACAUGGAGUUUGUCAGCAAAGUCUGGCAAGUAGUGCUUUCAGCUCAGGAAUUUAUUUGCACAAACCAGAAAAGCUCUCGGAGCACUUGUUAAUUUCACCAUGACCUGAAGGACAACAUAGCUGUAUGUGGUUCUGUUCCAGCACAUCCAGUGCAAAUGAGCCACAUUCACAUAGGUGAUAAUUUUAACUGAGAAAUUAUAGGGAACGAUUUUGUAUGCAGGAGGGACUGCCUGGGCUCUGCUUAGCGCAUUGGGUAAUUCUCUUGUGCAGCUGUACCACCAAGCUGCGGUGAUCCGCCCUUGGUAUGGAGCUACGGCCCAGAUAGCAACUGGCACAAAGUGCUGUUCGAUGUCAGAGGGGGCCAGGGAGCUCAGGAGGAUGCUUUUUGGGAACAUCCCCAUGACAAAUGCCCAGACAUACCCGUAAAAAUGGCCUUGGUCUCCAUACACCAUGCACUGUCCAGCUUCAGGAACACAACUCUAUGUGCCAUAUUUGACCCUCCAUGCUGGUAAACCUGUGCUGCGGAAAUCUGCUGCCUGCCAGUAAACUAAACAACGUUGGAUAUAGAGGGAAAGAAUGAGCAACCAUUCCCAGAGAGAGUGGCCAGCUUUUGGCCUCCCACAACCUCUUGUUGUAAUUGAGAUGAGCUUUUCUUUGUAGUUGAAGAGCGGGGAGAGGGAGUAAAGUACCCAGUUCCCACAUUUUCCACUAAAUUAAUGUUGUUUUGAACAAAUAUUGAGAAUGUCACUGUGAGUCAGCAAAGCCACAAGCAAUACUUGCACUGUCAUAUCAUAACUGCUAAAUAGUUAGUGUGCUUAAUGAUCACAAUUAAGCUGUGUGCUUACAGCAUUGCUCUUCCUGAAUACUGACAAAGUCCGUCAGCAUUACUGAUGUCAGAGCAGCCAUACAAAUCACUAAAAAUUAAGCAGGUAUUCCUACCUUUGUAAUGAGGGUAGAUGAAACUGUUUAUGUGCUUUGCUCAAUAUAGUUUGGAUUGCUGUGGCCAAGGAGUAAGAUAAAAGAGCAAUUAUGAAUGAGCAAGCUCUUGUGAUGCCCUGCUAGCUAGAAACAUACAAUUGUUUUCCAUUGCACCACCGCAGCUGAGUAAGCACUGGAGCAUGGCCUCCCCCAGCCUGGCUAGUAACAGUCAUUGUCGCCAACGAUGCUGCAGAACAACACUCCCUCCCCACUCAUUUCCGACGAAACACACGUGUAACUCAGGGCUUCUCCCUGCCCAGAAGGCUCCGCAUCUGCCUGUGCGCUUGGGAUGUGAGGGUGACUUCAGAGCAGCUGUGGUUCACCUUCUUGCUGCAACCUCUCACCAAGGAAUUGGUUGUGUUCCUCCUCUUCAGUUCUGCAGAACCCUUCUUGAUUCAGCUUUGGAUUGAUCAAAAUAAGUAAAGACCUCUGCUAACCACACCAUCGUCACUGAUGCUGACCCAUGAGCCAAGGGAGUGCAAGUUGACAAGUCAGAAUUAGCUUAAAAUCUGUGGAGAUGGAAGGAAUGGAGAUGGUGGGUUCCUGUCUGGUUCUGCGCCCUGCAAACUCAAUGCCAACUCCACCGCCAAGGCUGAUGUCACCCAUACGCUGCCAGAGCUGUGUCGUGCGAGAUCAGCUUGCUCACUCGCUCCACCAGACACUCAGGACUUGACAAUGUUUUAAGAAAGGCAAGAGAAAAGGGAUCUUCUGAAUGACUAAGUCAAUUUUUCCAAACAGGUUACGUAAAGGCAAACAUGUUAUCUUUGACUUGGUUAAACUUGUUUCUAGAAUCAUUUUGGGCAUCCACAUAAACAACCACCACCCACUGUUUUCUUUCAUAAGCUUUUUCUGGUGCUUUUUAAGCACACAGAUUAAUUGCUCUUCCUAAAUACCUUAGUAUUUUAUUGACAAGUGAUGGAAAAUGUAGUGUCUCCUCUGCAGAUAAUCUACACACAGUGGCUGCUACCCAGUCAAAAUGAAACUCGCUGUAGUACAGUUCUACACAGGGUUAAUAAGUAAAGUACAGAGUAUAAUGUAGUAGCUAAAGGACAGAACUCCUAUUUUGUUCUUACUAUUCUGCUGACUCAAAACCUGUCCUCGGUCACUGGGAUCACUUACCUACUACAAAAACUAGACAGUCCCUUCACAAGAUGAUGGAAAAAUUAUAUUAAAAAAAUAAAUUAGUAAAUUAACCAUCUUUGUUCCUCUUAAAAUUCUGUCUUGCUGAAUAAACACUGUGCAGAUCAGUCCUCCCAAACCAGCUCCCUCCCCCCAAACCAGCUUCAAUGGUUAAUUUUGCACAUGCUGGUGGCAUGAAAGCAAGGAGCCAACACAAACCUACUGAGAUGAAGCCAUUUACCUCCUCACUCAGUAGAGACAAGGAGGAAGCAAUUACCAGAGAUGCUCUUGGUGUGAUGUAGCCACACACUAAUAAUUUUCCUUAGCUGAGCCAAACAGCUGAGGGAGCUCAUGCACCAAAGCAUGUAUUGUGUUAAAAGAAGGCAGUUCAGCAGGUGAGGAUAAAGUACUACUGCCCACAGCCACCCAGCAAAAGAAGGGUACCUCUGGUUAAAAGAUUAUUUUGCACCAAGUUAGAUUUGAUCUAUAUGCAGGUAGAAAGAUAAGUAUAUAAAUAAAAUACACAGAGAAUUUAUUUUGAAGUACCAAAGCACAUCCAAGAGCGCAGAUGACCACGUGUCACUCAGAAGAAUGUCGCAAGGUGAAGUACUUGCUGUGUGAAAAUGAAUCUGUGCUUCCGGCCUUUACCUUAAGGGAGUGGCCAAAAAUGCCAUAUCCACAACUAACUGCUCUGUUGCUACAUGCCUCAACGUAAACGCCAUGUCUCUAGGAGAUAAUCUUUGUAGGCAGUUAAAGGAUCCACAAAUUGAGACUCCUUUACUCUCCUUUAAGGAAUCUUCUGCCAGCUUAGCAGGACACAAUUCCUUCCCCUCUUCCAAGUGGGAAUGGACUGCUCCCAGCAGAAAACCAUGAAGAUACUCUCUUCUUCCUUUUACCUCCUGCCUGUUUCCCCUUCCAGAUCUCUUACACUUUUCCAGUUGUACCGUCAAAUAAUGUGCCAGUCCUGAAAAGCCAAUGCCAUGAGAACUGAAGUUAAAAGGUAGCCAGCGUGGACUCAGCGGCAGGUUGCCUCCCCAGGGGUCCUGCCAGCCCGCCUGACACACAGUAAACGGCUCAAAAAGUCUUUGCUGUCAAUCACCAGAGCUUGUCUAGAAGUGUGUCCCCAACACAGAAGCAGCCAGUGCACUCAUCUGCAGAACUCCCUGUCCAUAUCCAGACUGUGAUCCUCAAGGUGUGCUGGGAGACACUGUUCUGGCAAAAUGAUAAAGCAAGGCACUAUGCAGAAAUCUUUCCUCCUCCCUUUUUUCUUUUUUUAAACAUCUUUUUAUUAGCACAGUAACAAAUGCAGACUUAAGUAGCCCACAACAUACAACCAAUCCACUGAGUGACUCCUAUUCCACGCCUUACAGUUAAACAGCUUAAGGUAUUUCACUACAGGUUGCCGUAAGUCCUGAUUAAACCCUUUAUUCUUUUCACAAAGAUAGAUUGGCUUAUAAAAUAAUACAUUAAACUACUUCUCAUUUCGUAUGUGAGGCCAUAUAUCCACCUCUCCAUAUCACAGAUCACGAGAUGACAGUCUUUAAAAAGGAUUUGUUAAAUACCAAUGUGCCCUCCGCAGGGGAAAACAAUCCCGACAGCUUUUUUAAAAAAAACAAACCCAACCCAGAACACAAAAUAAACUCCCAAAACCCAAAACAAAAAGCAAAAAACAGUGUGUAGAGUCUUGAAAAGACUUUUACAUAAAUGUCAACAUAUGUACCUGUACAAAAUUAAGCUGUUUUAAUCUUUUACAUAUUGCAAGCAAACUGAAAACCAAAGAAGUCUAAGUAGUUUACAUUCUUCUCGGUACUAUAUGUGAGCUAAUAUUGCUGAACUAAUUACAGUCUUAAAAUACGCUAUUCCCAAUCCUAGCUGUCUACUGUAGCAAGAUACCUUAAGUUACAACAACAAAAUCUUAGGAAAUAAAAGACUGAAUAAAAUCUGUUAUAGAAAUACCCUACUCUUUACCAGCACCCUCCCUCCCCCCACCCCUUCAAAAUCAUAAGCAGCUCUUUCCAUCACAGACAAAUAAUGUAAGAGUUUGAUGAAAAUCCAACUUAUGUAGCGUAUCUUUUGGUCCACUGUCUGGCCAUUCUGUCGUGCUCUGCUCUGUUAGUCAUGUACUGAGUGGCAAUACUUCCAACCAGGGGGUCAGCUGAAAAGAAAAGAAAGCAAACUGCUUCAGACAAGCUACUGCAUAAAAUAAAAAUAAAGUGGAAGUGUGAAUUUAAUACAACGGAAUCACACAGGUAAGGUACAUUGCAACAACCUAAAUAUACUGAAUUGAUGGUCUGUAUCUUUACUGAUUUGUAUUUAUAGUGACAUACUAAUGUAUUAUCUAAUAAAGAGUGAAAUGCCGGUUAAAGUUUUAA